AUGUGUGAUGCCGCAGUCUUUGGAUUCCCCAACGCGCCGGACAUCCCCCUUGAGCAGCGCAACCUCGGCUUGCACGACCAGCGGCGCGCCCUCGCGUGGGUGCAGGCCAACGCGCGCGCCUUUGGCGGCGACCCGGCCAAGGUCACCAUCUGGGGCGAGUCGGCGGGCUCCAUGUCUGUCGACCUGCACAUGCACGCCGCCGCCGCCGCUCUCCCAGAAGCGAAAGCAGAUCGUGGGCCGGCGCCAGCGCCCUCGUUCCGCGCCGCCAUCAUGUCGAGCGGCGAGUACUCCUUCGGCAUGCUCUCCCUGGCGAGCCGCCCCGACGACAGCCGCAGCUGGGACGCCGUCGUCGAGCAGGUCGGCUGCAGCGGCCGCCGCGGAGCCGACAAAGAUGUACCAACGGCACGGCGCGGCGGCACGCUCGCAUGCAUGGGCAACGUGUCCACCGGGGCGCUUCUACAGGCAAUGCACCGCGCCGGCGUGGCGUACAGCCCCAUCGCCGAUGGGAUCACGGUGCCGUCGGGACGGGCGGCGGCGUGGCGGCAGGGGAGGACGGCCCGGGUGCCCGUCCUGUCCACGACCAUGGCCGAGGAAGGGCGCGCGCUGGUGAACCGCAACGUGACCAUGGAGCGGUUCCUCGAGGUGUACCUCCCGCAGCCGCUCGUGUCUGCGGCGCAGCGGGACGCCAUCUUGAAGUACUACCGGGAUGGUGUAGGGAGGGGAAGGAGGAGGAGAGGACCCGCGCUGGAGACGGACUUUGAUGUCGCGGCGGCGAUAUACACCGCCUUUCACUGGCAAUGCCCGAUGCGGCUUCUCGCGCGUGCGUCCGCCUCGGUGCCUGCUGCUGACGACGACGACGACGACGACGUGGCGAGGAAGGAGAAGAAGAAGCAGCCGGUCUGGCGCGGGUACUUCAACGCCUCCAUCGCGGAGCUCCUGCCGCCCGAGUUCCACUGGCUGGGCAAGUUUCAUGGCGCGGACCUGUAUGCCUUUGCGCGCUACUUCCGCGGCAUGGUCGGCGCCUUUGUGCGCAACCCGGCGGCGGGGCCGGGCUGGCCGGCGACGGGCGAGCAGGCGUAUCUCCCGUUCGACGUGGCGAGCCUCGGGGAUGUGGGCGACGUCAAGACCGGGGGGGCGACGCCCGUCAACGGGACGGAGCUGGACGCGAGCUGUGCGCUGUACGAGGACAUUUACCCGCUGCUGGAGAAGGUCAUGGGGUGAAGAGGGGUUGCUGCUUGAUGGGGAGCGUUCGCUCGACUGCCCAUGUUUUUUCCCAUCAGACAGCCCGUCUUGCUUGCUUGGUGGUGCUAGAUGGCAUACGUCUGUUCUGCUCUUGAAUGGAUCUCUAAUUCCAGGUGUAGUCACUGACAAGCCAUGUUGACGUUGAACGGCACUGAAACAAUGG